GUGCCCGCUAAAGAUCCCGUAAGUGGCAGUGGGUGGGGUGAGCCCCGGCCGUGCGUGACCAUCCCUCCCCGCUCCUCCUCCGGGGCGGUGCCAAAGGCGCACCGGGCGAUUGCAGCAGGCACAGAGCGCAAGAGGCAUCGCUGCGGUUGGAGGCACGGCGGAGGCGCUUCCCUCGCAAGAGACCGGUUCGAAGGGUGCAAGGAACGGUUAGCCCGCCGGAGGGACGCCGCGAGGAGCCAAGGGAGUCGCAGCCGGCGCAGAGCUGUUGUCCGGAGCCGCCGCUGCCCCAUGGGCGCGCCUCGGAGUGCGUGUGCGGUCGCUACCCUCCUCUGUUGCCUGCUCUCCGUUGUGAUCGCCCAGAGUGUGAAAGUUCAAGAUGAGGUCACGGGCUACCUGGGGCAGGAUGUCACCCUGCCAUGCAACUUUGCAAAGACCAGCUCUGCAGUCAAGGUCAGCCAGGUCACCUGGGUGAAGGAGGCAAGGGGCAGGAAACAAAAUGUGGCGGUGUACCAUCCGGAGCUUGGGCCCAGCUACCCGAUGGAGAGGGACAGGGGGCGGAUCCGCUUUCGCACUCAAUCCUUGGAGGAUGCCACGUUGAUCAUCGGCCCCUUGAACAUGACUGACGAGGGUACCUACACCUGCGAGUUUGCCACAUACCCUUUGGGCAAUGAGGACGGCAUCACCAACCUAAUAAUAUUAGCCAAGCCCACAAACACAGCCAAAGCCCAGGAGGAGAAAGCUGGCAACAUCGAGCUCCCUGUGGCUGUCUGCACCUCUGCCAAUGGAAAGCCGCCUGCCCGCAUCACGUGGCAGUCAGGGCUGCAUGGCAACCACAGUUCCUCAGAGGUGACCAAUCCAGAUGGCACAGUCACUGUCACCAGCCACUACAAGAUGGUGCCCACCAAGGAGGCCAACGGGCAACGCAUCAGCUGUCUCAUUGAGCACAAGACACAGACACAAUCCCUUCCAGUGGUUCUUUCUAUAUUGUAUCCCCCCAAGGUUACCAUAGAGGGUUACGACAACAACUGGUAUUUGAGCCGCAAGGAGGCCAUGCUGAAGUGUAGCGCCAAUGGGAACCCUGCGCCCAUCCAGUUCACUUGGAGCACGGCCAGUGGGCCGCUUCCUAAGUCUGUGGAGGUCCAGGGCAAUCACCUGUUGGUGCGUAAUGUGGAUGCAUCUAUGAACACCACUUUUAUAUGCCAGGCCACCAAUCGUGUGGGACAGGUCACAGCAGAACAAGUUGUCUUUGUCCGAGAUAAGCCCAACAUAGACAGAGCAGGCACCACAGGGGGCAUAAUCGGAGGCCUCAUUGCGGCCAUUGUGGCUGUGGCCGUGGUGGUCACUGGCAUCCUGAUCUGUCGGCAGCAACAGAAGAACCGGAUGGAUCGUGAGGAGGAUCUGGAAGGCCCUCCAGCCUACAAGCCACCCCCACCCUGCCAGUUGUCUGAGGAAACAGAACCGGUUCCUAACCCCACUGAGGCUGAGAGUAUCCCGCUCAAAACUCCCUAUUUUGAAUCCAGCAUCACAGACGAUCUCUUUGGAGGGGUCACUACUACCACAAUGGAGGAGGCCCCACGAUAUCAUGAGCUGCCCACGCUGGAAGAGCGGGAGGCGACAGGUGAAGCUGGCCCCAGCCUGGAUGAUGAAUAUUUAGACCAGAUCAACCCUAUUUAUGAUGCGCUCUCCUUUGCUGCCACUGAAGACGAGGCAGCCCUGACGCCCAUGGCAACUGACAAGGCCUUUGUCAUGUCCAGAGCCAUGUACGUCUGAGCCUGGAGGCUGAAUUUAGGCCGAAUUUCCAGUUACAGUCCAGAGGGAAGAAUGCUGCUUGUGUGGUCAUAACUUGUGUUUGUUCUGGAGAAAUGCUGCUUCUUUGACACCACAUCCCAGUUAGGUGCCCAGGACGGCUCCUUUGAAAUCCCAGGUUUCUCAUGUGCCUCAAAUGGACAGCCCUCUAGUGCCCUCCAUUCCUUCUUCAGCCAGGCCAGAACUAGUGACCCCACGGUGUGCCUGCCAAACAUACUUAGCCGCCUCAUCCUGAAUCUUUUGAAGUCAGCCUGGUGGUGGCUUCCUCCUCCAGCCUGCCCCAAAGUCUAGUGGGCCCUCCUGCCAAGUGAUCCUGAUUCUGGCCAUCUGAGGCUGAAUGCUUACGUUUACAAGGAGGCAAGAGCCCUCAAAACCACUCCCAGUGCACAGAUGCAGGGGGCAAGUACCUCUUGCAGCUUAUCCCCCACAGAACUAGACAUUGCCCCAUGCUAUAGACUCCUACAGAAGCCAGUUUGGAGAAAGAGGUGGAUUAUGCCUUCUUAGGUACUCCCAAUCCUCUUGGUGCCUCUACAUCUCCUGCCUGGAAGCAGUCUGGCUGUCACAUAGUAAAACUACAGCUCCUGGUCUUCACCACUUUAUAUUGCAGGUGGAGGUUGUAUGAUUGCUGCCCCCACCCCCAAAAAGAAAAGAAUCCCAAAUAUCAAAUCAAACUAAUUCAAUUGUACUAGCCAAAGGCCAUGAGAAGAAUCCCAAAUACAGAAACUUGGCAUGUUGGGAAAAAGGCUAGGUUAGAAUCCUUUAUAUCAUCUGGGGGAGGGGGUUGAGCAGAGAGUUUUACUGUUGGGGCAAAGAUUCUGUUAUGCAAUUCCUCCCCCCCCCCAAGUUCUGUACUCUGAAAUGGAACAAUCCAGCAACAGUUUUACACUGGAUGAGCUUGUUUGUCUCUAGACCAGACUCCAAGAUACGACUGGAGUGAUCUCACUGCGCUCACGACCACUUUGGAGAAUGAUUAGGCUCCUGUCAGAAGGCACAAGACAUGUCUAUGGGGAGCCUGGUGGCUCCUACACAGAGAUAGCCACCUUUGGGGUUAGGCAUGCUAGCUGUAACCACCAUGGGGUAGAGAACUUGCAGCAGGGACUCUGCUUCUGGUAGCAGCCCCUGAAACAUUCAUGGCCCACCUUCCAACUGCGCCUGGCAUAUCCCACCCAGCACCCACAUCCACGUCCUCACCUCAAGUGCUCUUGGGAGUUAAUCACCUGGGGGUAUUGCCUCCUCCUUGCCCAAAUGCCCUGCUAGUCCUAAGGAGUCGGGGGUUUCCCACAUGGAUGAGUGCAUGAUUUUACACUCAUGCCAAGUACAAAAGAGUACAGCAACCAGACACUGGAUAAUGUCUCCUGCUGUUAAAAGCUGGGCCGUCCUCUCCAAGCAAAACAACAGCAACACCACCACCACCACACACAAAAAAACUUUGGGCUGCCAGAGAAUAAGCCGGGUGUGUGUGUGUGUGUGUGUGUGACAUCUUCAAGGAAUGGGUGGACAGGCAUUUGCCAUGAGUGCAAAUUUUUUUUCUUUAAGGGUUAGGACGUCCCACCUUUUGGGUUGGGCCUGAUGGCAGCUUCUCACACUGCUGACGGUGCCAUUUAGCAUCAAGUUGGGGAUGUGCGAAGCAAAGGCCCCUAAGCAAGGGACGUGGAAGUGGGAUGUGGACUUGUGCAGAUUGUAUUGCUGCAACACUCUUACUGGGACUGUGCUGCGUAGUUCUGGCAGAAGGCCUGGAACCCAAAGGGUGUUUGGGUGGGGGAGUCUGACUGCAUGCUACUGCCCACCUCUGGCCAAAUGAGUGAACUGCAGGGAGAACAUCAAGGAAACAACUGGCCAGAGUGGGUCAUGUGGUUCUCCCUAACCCCCUAUAAAAGCUGGCAGGCACAGGUUUACACACUGGUCUGAUAGAAACUCUUUUGCCUCCACACCCACCCACCCGGGUCAGACUCAGGAGUGACAUGCCUGUGUUGACCUGUUGCCCCAACACAGAGCAGUUUAGCUACUAGGUACUGUCACAGUACAAUCACAGUGCUGUGAGGCCUUUGGGUGUCUCGGACACCUCUGGCAAAAGUAAAUCAUCUGGAUUUACUCCCUGGCCAGGAGUUUGAAUUAGAUUGGGAGUGGGGAACCUGUGACCCUCUGGAUGUUGUUGAACUCCAACUGCCACCAGCAUUCCUAGUGGUCAUGAGUGAUGGGAAUCAUAGCCCAGCAACAUCUGGAGGUUGGUCAUGAAUGAUGGGAAUCAUAGCUCAACAACAUCUGAAGGUCUCCCAGCCCUGCAUUAGAUGAUAUCCCAGAAACAUUCCGUAUUUCAGAAAGAAGAGUUUUCACUUUGGGCAGAGAGGUUGGUGUAACAAACUCCUGCUGACUUGAUUUUCCUAACAUUCUAGCUCAGGCUCUGGUUGCUACUUGAAUUUUGAAUCUAUACCCCAAAAGCUCAGGUACCACCUGAUUAUGUCUGGGUUUCUGGGCUUCUGAUCUGAAAAUGUGAAGGUUUUUUUUAGCUUUGCUGUUUUUAGCUUUUUUUAAAACUUGAUACAAAAUGAGUUGAGUGAACCAAUCUAAGGCAAUGUCUCCAUAGGCUCUUUGCCACUGCUGCUGUUUUCCUAGGGGAUACGUACAAGUUGGCGCCAUGGGAUUUUUAUUGCUAUUAUGACUAUUUUUUAUUAUUAAUAGCUGCUCCUCCGAUUUCACCAAUCUGAAUACUAACUCCCUGAAUCUCAGAGUCUGGGGCAGGGAAUGAUUGAAACACACAAUGCCUUUUCCUUUAUGCCAUUUUUGGUGCCUUUGCUUGACACUAAAGAAUGGACAAAUUUCAAUAGGGAGGCAGAGGGAUUUUUUAAUAAAAAACUUUUUAUUGAUGUUGUUUUCUUAAAAAUAAAUGUUUUUCAAACCCAUGUGAU